AUGACUUCACACGACUGUGGAACGCCAACGCCGUCUUUUCAGAUCAUUUCUUCCCUUCGAUACGACCCGGAGCUUCCUCGAGUCACCGGUAGCUUGCCGACCGAUGAAUAUUUUCCUGUCCCGAGGCAUUCACCGUACUACCUCCUCUCCUAUCACCGAGACCGACUGAUCAACGCUGCAAAACAUUUUCAAUGGGACGAGGCGCUUGAGUCUCUACAAAAGGAUUUAUCAGUCUUUGAGGACUUCCUCAAUUCUGCUAUUGAAAAUAAGGUGAAAUCCUGGCGGUUGAGGAUUCUUGUGGACCGUCAUGGAAAGGGCUUGGUCGAGGUGAAUCCCGUGGGCGCGAUGGAUUGCUGGAACCUUUUAGUCCCGCCUUUACACAAGAGCGUGCCAGAUGUGAUUUGGAACGUAUACGUCGACUCGCAAGCUACAAUUCCGUCUGGAUUUACCACACACAAGACCACCGCUCGAGACGAUUACUCUGCCGCUCGUGCACGAGCUGGGAUCACAUCUCCAGCAGAUACAUCAGAAGUCCUCCUCGUCAACCCUGACGGUCAAAUUAUGGAAGGAAGUAUCACGACGCCGUAUUUCCGACGUCGAGUCCUGCCCGAGAGCCAUGAUACGAGCCAGCCCACAUGGGUCACUCCGCCGUUGAAGUGUGGUGGAAAUGCAGGCACGAGUAGAAGAUAUGCUCUUGAGCAGAGCUUCUGUGUGGAGCAGCUUAUUAUGAGCGCAGAACUAGUAGACGGCGAGGAUUGUUGGCUCAGCAAUGGAGUACGGGGUUUCGUCAAGGGUGUGGUGAUCUUGACUUGA